CGAUCAUCCAAUAGUCAGUCGUUAGUGAUGGUUAGCUGUGAACGGGAGACGUCGAGAAAUGCGCCUUAGGCAUGUAACUCUGUCUCUCAGAGAUACCAGAAGGCCGCAGCAUGUUCGCUUACGGUUUCGAAAUAACAUAGACCUGUAAUAUGCGAGCGGCCAGUGCGAGUUCACGGUGAAAAUCUGGCGUGAACGACAUGGCGUCGGUGGCCGGCUCCGCCGAGAAGCCGCCCGCCGCGCACGGUCACAGCUUCUUGAAGAAAACGUUCCACAAACUCACCAACUGCCAUCAUUGUAGCGAAAUGCUCUGGGGCCCCAUCCAACAAGGCUUCAGCUGCGAAGUUUGUCACUUCGUGGUGCACGAUCGCUGUCUCAAAUCCGUUGUUUCUCCCUGUUCGAGUAUUGCAGCAAGUCUAAUCAAGAAUCCAGUAGCUCAUUGUUGGUCGGAGCAGUUGAACACGAAGCGGAAGUUUUGUAACGUCUGUAGAAAAAAAUUAGAUGACAGCUUAUCCAUCCACUGUGAGAUUUGUGAAUAUUUCGUACAUACGGACUGCCAAGAUUUCGCUGUGCCCGACUGCAAAGAGAACGCUACCUACCUCCCAGGAAAACAGCUCAAUUUUGUACAACACCAGCAUCACUGGCGCGAGGGUAAUCUACCAUCAAACUCCAAAUGUGCUCUGUGCAAGAAAACAUGUUUUUACGCCGAUUUUCUUUCUGGAUUUCGAUGCGAAUGGUGCGGUGUGACGUGUCACGCCGCUUGUCACGUAAAUAUGCCACAAGAGUGUACAUUUGGAGUUCUGGAACCUAUAUACCUACCUCCGCAUGCUGUGAGCAUACCACGAACAGAGGUUCCUAUGGAGGCGAUUAUAGGGGUUCAAGUUAGACGGAAAGACACCUUGUCUCGUGAGUAUUCCUGCCCGCGCAGCAUUUCGGAGGAGUUCAGCAGUGGAGAUGCCGGUCGAUAUCGGGAACAGGAGGAAUACGCACAAUCUCACUCACAAGGCAAGGAGAGACAAGACAAGCAGAACAAGGACAGGGAGGACAGGGACGAAGAGAUUGUCAAGGUGUAUGAUGGCAACAAUUCCUUCAAGAAGCGUAUAUUUCGGACCAUAGCGGUAGCUAAACAAGCUCCCUUACAACAGGUACUCAUACAGUCCCUGAGAGCAUUUCACAUCACCAAAGAUCCGGACUUUUUCCAUCUGACUGAUAUCUAUUCGCAAGAUGAGACCGUUCUUCAAGAUCCAACGCCAGUCUUAAACCUAACCAGGAAGGAGGGAAAGAGGCCAGCUGUCUUUCUUAGAUUCAGAGAUCGCGAUAACGAUUCUGGAGAAGUGCGUGUGUAUCCUGGAAAAUUACAGGUAUCCAAGGCAUACUGCACCGUGCCUGUGGAUUCGAAUUCUACGGUCAGAGACAUGAUCAGGGACGCUCUGAAGAAGUUUGGAUUGGAAGAUUAUAACGCAGACGAUUACAGAUGUAGUGAAAAACUUCUUGAUAGAGGAGUUACUGAAAGGGUCCUUUCCUCGAAUGAACGUCCUUGGGAAAUAAUGAAACAACUUGGAAAAGACAGUAUCCGGCAGAUGGAACUUAUGAGAUUCUAUUUACAACUUAAACAAGACCCUCAUGGACCAAACGUAGCACUUUUCGUUGGCAAUCUACCUCCUAGUUUGUCUGAAAGAAAUUACGAAAACAUUCUGACCGGCUAUCUGAGUAAAGAUGAUAAAUUCACGGAUAUUGGUCCCAUCUACUACGAAUAUGGAUCCAUGGUAAUAACGUACGAUGAUUCUGACAAGGCUGUACGAGCACUCUACACACUAAGAGAAUCUAAGUUUGAAGAUAAACAUUUACUUGUGAUGUUGUUACCCAACAUCGAACAUUCAAUGAUACCACCAGGUGUGCAACCCCUAUUGGUGUUCGUUAACGUCAAGUCUGGCGGGUGUCAAGGCUUAGAGUUGAUCACGAGUUUUAGAAAACUUCUGAAUCCGUAUCAAGUGUUCGACUUGGACAAUGGAGGGCCUUUGCCAGGGUUAUACGUAUUUCGGAACAUUCAGAACUAUAAAAUACUAGUGUGCGGUGGCGAUGGCACCAUAGGAUGGGUGCUUCAGUGCUUGGAUAACGUAGGACAAGACUCGGAGUGUUCGUCUCCAGCUUGCGCGAUAGUACCAUUGGGAACAGGUAACGAUCUGGCUCGUGUUCUGCGCUGGGGUUCCGGCUAUAAUGGCGGAGAAGACCCACUCAAUCUUUUACGAGAUGUGAUAGAUGCCGAAGAGAUUCGACUGGAUCGGUGGACGGUUGUCUUUCAUCCUGAGGACAAAUCCGAUGAUGGAAUGAAGCAAGUGAAUUCCACUGGUAAGAAGAGGCAAAAACUCUCCAAAUUGCGACUCGUGACCAAUGAGCAAAUCAAAAAAGCAGUUAUACCGAGUACCACCAGUGAGGACAACUCACAGAUCUUCGUCAUGAACAACUAUUUUGGAAUCGGUAUUGAUGCCGACCUAUGUCUCGAUUUCCACAACGCAAGAGAAGAAAAUCCAAACAAAUUCAACAGCAGGCUGCAUAAUAAGAGUGUUUAUGUGAGGAUGGGACUGAGAAAAAUGGUGGGGCCGAAAAUGUGCAAGGAUUUGCAGAAGGAAAUGCGGCUGGAAGUUGAUGGAAAACUGAUUGAACUACCUCAGAUAGAAGGCAUCAUUAUAUUGAAUAUUUUGAGUUGGGGCUCUGGAGCUAACCCAUGGGGUCCAGAAAAAGAAGAUUCUUUCUCGAAGCCCAAUCACUGGGACGGUAUGUUGGAAAUUGUAGGUGUUACUGGAGUAGUUCAUUUAGGUCAGAUACAGUCAGGUCUUCGAUCAGCAAUGAGGAUUGCUCAGGGAGGGCACAUAAAAAUUCACCUCAGCUCUGAAAUACCAGUGCAAGUGGAUGGAGAACCUUGGGUACAAAGCCCUUGUGAUGUGGUGGUUUCCAAAUCCGCAUUGAAGGCCACCAUGUUGAAAAAGAUGAAGGGGAAGAUGAAGAGGCGUAACACCGAACCUACAAUGUUGGUAUCUCCUGGGACGCAGUUGGCACCUCUUCCCACAAAUGACGGGGAAUCACCCACAGAUCCGAACAAUACAACGUUUUAGCACAGAAGUGGUUUAUAUCACACUUCUGUGGAUUCGACUUCAUCGUUUUUUGCUUAAUAUAGAAAAUUCCUUUCUUUCUAUCAUCUUAUUACUUUACUUUUAAUGUUUAAUCACACAUAACUUUGCACAUUCGUAUACUGUAAUGAAUAUUACGUUGAGUAUGGUAUUUUACCAAAGUGGUUAACCAACCUUAUUUAUAAGUUUUCUCGAAAAGGCGAGUUACGCUUUGGAAGAAUUUAGUUUUGUUUACAUUUAUUAGUUUUUAAAUAGUUUUGGUAAACUCAUAGAAAUGACACCUUCGGAGUACACUUGUGUACUCUUGAGUAUGUUGGUCAUCAAGUGACAAGUAUGGACUGGCGUGUUUUUGACUCUCAUAUUCCGAAUGAGUGAACUCAAUGGGACGAUAAGAAAAGUAUUUCUAUGCAAGAAUGGAAGGUAAAGUAAUGUAGACGGUUAUUCGGAAGUGCGUUUCAAAACACACUAGUCUAAUGAAGGUUUGAGUAGACUAUGCUAGUCUCCUUUUCUCGGCUAACUUGAACACCAUGUUUCAAAAUUCAACAUGAAACAAAUAUAGUGGUGCUGAGGAUAACCGAAUUUUCAUGUAAAUCUUUUGUUUUUCUCCGAAGCACCACCGCACCCUAAUGUUGAAUUUUGAAAUUCUGCUUGAGCUGAAGCCGCAGUUCAAAAUGACGUUAGGUCUUUCUAUCCAGGAAGCGACAUCUAACGUUGAUGGGAAUCUGUCCCACCACAGGGGCUCAAUUUUUUCAUGGGUUACGCAGCCUGGAGCUUCUUUCAGAAGACCCAUGAUUAAUAUAGUGGGGGCGACAGAUUCCUCCAAUGAUAGCUACCAUUAUUUAGCUGUUAUCCUACAAAUUGAUGUGCUAUUUGUUUGUAAUUAUAUUUCCCGAAAAUAAUGAAAGAUAUAGACUCGGCAGAUUUGAAAUCUACAACAGAUUUUCCGAAUCUGUUUUUUUACCUGAAGAUGUUUUGAAUUCAAAUCGCUGGUAUUCUUGUAUCACCUCACAGGUUUCAAGAUGCAAGUAUUUGUAGGAUAUCUGAUUUGACAAACAUCUUUCUUACACAUAAAAUAUGAAAUAUAUGUAUAUGUGAUUAUAGAUAUAUUUAAAAUUGUGAAAUAUAGAAUUAUAAAUGUA